AUGGAGUGGUUGGUGUAUUGCAUAGUUUUAGAGAUUGGAUUUCACUCAAAACCACCAAAUGACUCCUCCCACCAUAUUAUGUUGUUCCCCAAGUUUUGGGACUCAAUCCGAUAUCGAUUGGUCCAGAAAUUGGACUAUUCAGGUUCGUACGAAGUUCGUUCUGAAAUGGAGUGGUUGGUGUAUUGCAUAGUUUUAGAAUUGGAUUUCACUCAAAACCACCAAAUGACUCCUCCCACCAUAUUAUGUUGUUCCCCAAGUUUUGGGACUCAAUCCGAUAUCGAUUGGUCCAAGAAAUUGGACUAUUCAGGUUCGUACGAAGUUCGUUUCUGA